UGAGGGCCCUGGGAGCGAGGAGGCGGGGAGCCGGACGCGUCCCGCAGUCGAGAGGAGCCCAUGGAGGAGCCCGACUACCUGGGAGGCAGCGCCGCCGCCGAGUGGGGGGACGACGGCGGCGACGGUGGGGCGCAAGAUGAUGAAUAUGGUGAAGAAGAUGAUGCUGGUGUCCAGCAGGAAUGUUUGCAGAAAUUUUCCACCCGAGAUUACAUCAUGGAGCCCUCCAUAUUUAAUACUUUGAAAAGGUAUUUCCAAGCAGGUGGCUCUCCAGAGAAUGUGAUCCAGCUCUUAUCGGAUAACUAUACUGCUGUAGCUCAGACAGUAAAUCUUUUGGCCGAGUGGCUCAUUCAAACAGGUGUUGAGCCCAUUCAAGUCCAGGAGACAGUGGAAAACCACCUGAAAAGCUUGCUGAUUAAGCACUUUGAUCCUCGGAAAGCAGAUUCAAUUUUCACAGAGGAAGGAGAGACACCAGCAUGGCUUGAGCAAAUGAUAGCGCACACUACAUGGCGGGAUCUGUUCUACAAACUGGCUGAAGCUCAUCCAGACUGCCUCAUGCUGAACUUUACUGUCAAGCUUAUCUCUGACGCUGGGUACCAAGGGGAGAUAACCAGCGUAUCAACAGCAUGCCAGCAGUUGGAAGUUUUUUCUCGAGUACUGCGUACUUCUCUGGCUACUAUCUUAGAUGGUGGGGAAGAAAACCUGGAGAAGAAUUUACCUGAGUUUGCUAAAAUGGUGUGCCAUGGUGAACAUACCUAUCUCUUUGCCCAAGCGAUAAUGUCCAUAUUAUCUCAAGAAGAGCAAGGUGGCUCUGCUGUGCGCAGGAUUGCUCAAGAGGUUCAACGGUUUGCUCACGAGAAAGGCCACGAUGCUAGUCAGAUCACUUUAGCUCUGGGAACGGCUGCUUCGUACCCUCGAGCCUGCCAAGCACUUGGUGCCAUGUUAUCGAAAGGAGCGUUGAACCCAGCAGACAUCACGGUCUUGCACAAAAUGUUUUCGAGCAUGGAUCCUCCUCCAGUAGAGCUGAUCAGAGUUCCCGCUUUCCUGGAUCUCUUCAUGCUAUCGCUGUUUAAGCCAGGUGCCAAGAUAAAUCAAGACCAUAAACACAAAUAUAUUCAUAUUUUGGCAUAUGCAGCUAGCGUUGUGGAAACAUGGAAAAAGAACAAGAGAGUGAGCAUAAAUAAAGAUGAACUCAAGUCCACCACAAAAGCGAUCGAAACUGUUCACAAUCUUUGUUGCAAUGAAAAUAAAGGCGCCUCCGAACUCGUAGCAGAACUGAGCACCCUCUACCAGUGCAUCAGAUUUCCAGUAGUAGCAAUGGGCGUACUGAAAUGGGUUGACUGGACAGUGUCAGAGCCCCGAUAUUUCCAGCUUCAGACUGAUCAUACUCCAGUGCACUUGGCGCUGUUGGAUGAGAUCAGUACAUGCCAUCAACUCCUUCAUCCUCUGGUCCUGCAGCUUCUGGUCAAACUCUUUGAGACGGAGCACUCUCAGCUCGAUGUCAUGGAACAGCUGGAACUUAAAAAAACCCUUCUGGACAGGAUGGUUCACUUGCUCAGUCGAGGAUACGUCCUUCCAGUGGUUGGCUACAUACGGAAGUGCCUCGAGAAGCUGGACACGGACAUUUCCCUGAUCAGAUACUUUGUGACGGAGGUGCUCGAUGUCAUUGCUCCUCCAUACACCUCUGACUUUGUGCAGCUUUUUCUUCCAAUCUUGGAGAACGACAGCAUUGCAGGAACGAUUAAGACCGAAGGCGAGCAUGACCCUGUCACGGAGUUCAUAGCUCACUGUAAAUCGAACUUCAUCAUGGUCAACUGAACCAGCAAGAGACACCCAGUUGCUGUGGAUGAACUGCAGAGUGACAUAAUGCAAAUGGCAUCAAAGAACUUGGGAGAAAGAGCAGUUUGUUGGUUGCUGUUUUAGGUGGACUUGGAGUUUCACACUGCUGGGCUUCCAAAAUGUUGAAACUAGGACAGAGUUUAGCUGAAAUUAAUUGCGUUUCCCAGCCCCCAAACCUUGGAGCAUCAGGAAGGGCAGAGUAUAGGACCUGUGCUGUUUGUGUAGCAGAAUUGAAUGUAUGUGAGGGGAAAGCUAGCACUAGUGGUCCUAGCCUUAGUUCCCUGGGGGGAAUGCAUUCUUCCUCUUGCAGCAUAUAGGGCUAAUAAUUUCCAACAGGCAAUGAUUCCUUCCCACACCCUUAUGCACAAGCGAUAGUUGUGCCUAGAAGGGUAGUGUGUGAAUACCUCUCACACACACUUUGAUCCUUGACAAUCAGAUAAACGAGAAAUAGGCAACCUGCUGACUGCCAGAGGAUGCUAGAGUAAAAAUCCCAUCUGUUACCUUUGGCCUUGCUGGCUGGGGCUGAUGGGAGUUGGGGUCCAGAUCUGAAGGGCCACAGGUUCUGCACCCGAUUCACAAACUUACUUGUCCCCCCCCCCAAAGUUAUAAAUGUCUUUGUGUGCGUCUCGUACUGAAAGUCAUGGUAGUGUUGAGCCACUUAGUUGCCAGGUAGCUGCAGUAUUGCUGGUUCCUACUGCAUUCCAGAAGACAUUUGCAAAGCCCUUUCUUCAUAUAUAAAUGAUACACAAUAUUGGCAGAGCUUACUUGUGCAUCACAGUGUUUACAUGCUAUCGCCGGACCCUGGUGAAGAAUCACUGGCCUUAUUGGAGGGGAAAUCUCAACCUUAACCAAUAAGCUUCAUUACUGUGUAAAAAUGGGUCUUGUUAAAGUUUCCUGAGUGCAUCAAAAUCAAAACAGCACUAAUUUUUCUUGUACCUGUAAGAGGGAAAACGACACAAAGUAGGUUAAGUUAUAUUUUUUAUUAAAUUCAUUUUUGAUUAAAUAAUGUUGCAUGAGUUUCUUUAAAGGUAUUACUGUCCCAGACACAGUAGAUGCUUUGGGGAAAUGUAUUAUCUUUCCAAAGUUUUGUGGGUUUUGCUUGUUGGCUUUAAAUGGUAUUGUACUGAUAUGUUGCGUAUAAAUUUCAUUCACACUUCCGUGCACUGCCCUGGAGGGUGGUUAAGGAAUAUUUUAAAUAUAAAUACUGUGUAAUCAUGACACUUAGGUGGUGGAGGAAACUUAGCUACUGAACCAGAAAAAAAGGCUGAUGUAGAUGUGUGUGUUUUUCUCAUCAAGUACAGAAAAUAGACAAAUCUCUCUCACAGGUUGUGUGCUACAAUCCAGAAGGGAUCUGAAUACCCAAAGCUUAAGGCUGUUUAGCUUAUGAG